ACAUGCAAAAUCAAAGACAAAUAGGGAGAUGAAUUCUCACACUGAUCCUCUGCUCCUGUCUAGCUCUAUGAGACCAUCUUCACAGGACCAAAAGGAGACUCAGAAGACAGAAGCUGCCCGGGACCCUGCUGGGAAGGGCUGGCUCCAGAGGCCUUUCCUUGCUCCAGCUGCAGCAGAUCCUGGGGAGAAACCUCCAGGUUUGACCUUCAGGGGCCCUUCACCUGCCUCAGUGCUGGAAUCCACCUCUGGCUAGAGCUCUUUUGGUUGGAGCCCUUCUCUUUCCUCACCCGGUUGUGGCAGGAAAGUUCAAGGUGUCCUGGCAGCAGAAAGCUCCUUUGCUCCACCCUCUGCCCUGCACACUGGCUCUCUGAGGUGAUCAAGGAUUUGCUGAACCAGAGCUGCCAGUGACAGCGACCUGGUCUGUGUGGCAGCUUGGGUGGGAGCUGGACCCCCGGCAUGAAGCACUUCUGCGAGCCCUGGGCAGCCUUCGCUGUGCUCUUCUUCGCCACUGUGACCUGGCAUUCCUGCUCAGCAGCAGCAGCUGAAGACAUCUCCAAUGUUUCAACAAGCUCCAUGCUCACAACUGAGUACGAAUCACCAUGUCUUAACAUGAACUUCUGCACACAAGCAGCCAUGUGCUGCGCGACAGGUGUGGAUGAUUAUGGAUGGAUUGCAGCAGCCGUUGGCUGGAGCCUCUGGUUUCUGACUCUCAUCCUGCUCUGCGUGGACAAGGUCAUGAAACUCCGGCCUGACGAACCCAAAUAUUUCGUGGCCUGAAGCAGGGCAAGCCAGCAAGCAGCAGAACCCGGGACCAGUGAGGUGCAGACAGACUGACUGGCAUCUCAAGCACUUCCUAAGAAACAAAAAAGAAAGGGAACAUACCUUCAGCCAAAAUAGGCCAGAUCUAAAUGGGGCACCUACUGGGGCUUCAUCUUCCCGGCGGGUCAGAGCUGCCAGCCAAAGUGUAGAGCAGGCAAGUCCCUGCAAACCACCACAUAUGUCCCACAGUGCACAGAAAACUUUUCCCUGAGCAUUUCCAUGCUUUCUGUGAGUGCCCCAGGAGCGAUGAGAUGCUGAAGGACCAGUAACCAGCCUAUAGCACACUGCCUUAAGACAACCCAGUGCAUAACCUUUCAGUCUGAAACAUGAAGUGGGCAAAUAAAGCUAUUUUCUGGAGUAUCAGUGUUACCAGAUCCAUUACUGGGCUAUAGGCCAGGUUACAUUGGUAAGGGGACGUAACUCGUUCAUUAUACUGAGUCCUCCUCACUCCCUAAACUGCGGAUUUUAAAUUCUAUUAACUGAUACAAGUGAAAUAUCUGUUAUGGAAACUUAAGGAUUGCUUGGGUUGGUUUGAAACGAAAACUAGUUUUUCCAGUGAAGUUUAUAUGUGAACUGUUUUGUAGGAAUUGAACAUUGACUGUAUUUAUUCAGCUUGCACCUGUCUGCGUAACUAAGCUGAGCUGAACCACGGCAAGCAGGUUUAAACCAGCAUAUCCAAUUCAUGCACAAAACUGCUCCUAUUUAUGCAAGAUGAUAAUAAACACUCUUAUUUAUGGAAAGAUUCUAACUGGUUUAUAUUCAUAAAGCUUAUACUGGCAAGGAAUUACCCAACCCAAAUUGUUAGAAACUUGCUUCUAACAAGAAAUAUUCACACAGGAGGGUUUGCCUCCCUGCAGUCAAACUGUCUUGUUUGGGGCAGCUGCACCAGUUUGAUUUCUGUCCAUUAUUAAAACAAUAAAUCAGUGUUAAACCCAUCUAGACAUACACAGGAUUACCAAACCCGCUAGAGACCAACUGAAGUGAAACAUAAAAAGUUGCUUUUAAACCAAAGAAAGAUCUACUGGAGAUUUGUCUCUAUUAAAUAUCAUUUAAGUCUUCCCUUCAGCUUUUCAAUGCAUAACUUUUCCAGUUAGAAAAGAUACAACUCAGUUUAAGACUCUUCAGAUGAAUUCUGGCACAACUAGGCACUUUGAUCAGAACAACACUGUGUGUUCAGAGUGAUGGGCAGUUGCUCCUUAUCAACUAUUCACCAUCAGCAGGAAUGGGUACAAGUUAGACACUGAAGAGAAGACAUCCUCCCCUAUCAUUAGUAUCUCUUAAGACAAAAAGUAUCUUCUGAGGUGAAAUGCUAGGCAGAGAUGCUAGCAUCAGGAAAUAAAGUUUUGAAAGGGAAGGGCUUAA